AUGAUUAAGCUAGGCAAGAGUUAUAAAUUGGAAGAAAGUAACCAAAUAGAUUUGCUAGAAAGUGAGGAAAUUGAGUGCAACUGUUUGAAAUGCUUUCAAAUGAAUGAAAAGUAUAAAUUGCUAAGAACGAUGCUAAUAGUCGGGGCCUUUAUACCAAUUGCAUUGAUAGUGGUUAUAGGUUUUUGUGUUUAUUUGAUGUAUUUUGUUGAGAUGGAAUUCGAUGCUGAAAAUGGUAGCAGCGAACGCAACGGGUACAACUUGGAUUGUGGUUCAAUUUACAAUUUCGACUGUGAUCGUGAUGGCCAUUGCAGUGUUUCCAACAGCUCGAGCAGUCGCAGUAAACUCGAUGAGCUUGUUGUAUUCAAGCGCUACAGGUCGCAUAGGAAGCUACUGAAAAAGUACGCAAGGUUGAUCCAGGUGUCGGUGGUAAUAGUGCUCAUUGAGUUGGUGGUUGUGUUCUUUGUGGUGUUGCUAGUGAAUUAUUCUUCUGUCAACUACAAUCAUUUCUUCAGUCUUAAUCUUAACCGUGAUAAUAUACAUUAA